UGACACCUGAGCACCGAAUACGGUUGCCCGCUGCACCCGCAGAAAAGGGAGUGAACGACAGGAAGGCUGUUGAGAGACCCGAUCAAGAUGUCACAUUGGCGAACGGUAGAUCCGGGGCAUGAAGGGUGGGUCUUCGUGGAAGACCGCACAAAGGAAGGACACCCGGUGGGAAGGAUAUGGGAGAGGAAUGGGGAGCCGGAAUGGGAGACACGUCCUCCAAACACAUGGGUCCCCCCGGCUCCAGUGGAAGAAAAGGUCCAUGAGACGCAACUGAGCCCACCGAAAGGGAGCCCGGAAGAGACAGACUGGAGGAGUGGGGGAAAAAAGGGGGGGAGGGGGAUCUGGGUUCAAAAGCAGCAAAUCGAAUUCGGGCUGAAACAGGAAGAUAAAGAGAAAGGAAAGGAUAAAGAAAAAGGAAAAAUAGUCCUCCGAGCAGCCCCUGGCCCGGCAGCGGCACCCUACAUCCGGGAGGGGGACAACGGGAGGGCCAAAACGAACAGCAACCCCCCCCCGCGACAACAUGGCAAGACGACGGGGCGACAGGGGGUAGAAAACGGGGUGGAGCGACAGGGGCCGGGUGACACGGCGGGGCGACAGGGAGCAGAUGAUAUGGCAAUGCAGGCUGAGACAAUAAACAGCUCCACCGAGCAGCAGGGCUUGGAGUGCAGGGAGAGAGGGGCGGGGGAGCAAACGGAAGGAGACGAAAUGGAGGUGGCAGCUGGGCAUAAGGGGUCAGAUGAGGUGGAUCAGGCGCAGGAGGGGGCCCCGAGGGAAGACCGGACGAUGAAGAUUGACCCCUUCCUGCCUGCAUUUGACCCCGAACCGAUGGAAGUUGACCCUCUCCCGGAAAAUACCAGCGCAGUGCCAGACGGUUUACCAUGUGAGGAGGGAGAGGAGGAAGGGACCUCGCCACUGCACCUGCCGGUGGAGCAGAAACUGGUCGACAUUGCAGACUGGUUAAUGACCAACUUAAAGGCAAAAUAUGGCCCCCUCACAGACGACUUUUGGGACAGAACGUACCUGGAUCUGUUCCCCAUGUUGGACACGAGCGCCUCGCUCAAAAACGUCGUGGAAAAUGGUCCGCAAUCCGGUGUUAAGUGGACGGAAGCGUGGCACAGAGUGGCCUCCAUUGUGUUUGCAAGAUUCCAGCCACCCCUUUCACCCCACCCAGCUGCAGCAGAGGAGACGGGACACGACAGGAUGCAGGCAACAACGGUAAACGAUCAGACGGGGGAGGUACAAACCCCGCCGUUCCUUCAGCCGCCGGUCCCGCCACCGGACCCGGCCCCCCCGGACCCGAACGAGAAUACACCACUUGAUCUCGUGCGAAGGAAAUUAAGACACUUGAUUGAGAUGGGCCAGGACACGGGACCGCUGUCGCAGGUGGCGAUGGUGCUGCUCCCGGUCCGAAAGAAAAACGGGAAAUGGGAGGUUGGCCUGACACCGGUUGACAAUGGCAAAAUGAGAGGAGUCACACUGCAAGGUUGGUCCUCCUUUUGGGUAGGGCACUGCCGAUCUGAGGCAGAAGCUGGCAUCUUACAAAUGCAGCUGGACACGCACAUUGCAGAGUUUAUGCCCCCCGGUGCACAGGCCACAGCCCCCCUGAUAACCGACCCCAAUAGAGCCUCACAAAGAGAUAUCCUCAUUCGCUAUGACCCGGCCAAAGACGCGGGCCUCAGAUGGCACACUCAUUCCCAGCUGCUGGAUAUGCAGACGGUUAGGACCAGACCCAGCGAGAUCUGGACAGAACAGGACGUCCAGAGGCACUUGUGUGCCCUUCUCAAACUGGGCCUACAAGCGGGGGCCGCGGACUGGGAUUGGGAUCAGCUGUCGUGGACCAGACUGUGAGUGGCCGAUAGCCACAAAAAUGGACCCGGUCAAAGCGGUAUAUGGUAAGGACCGUGUUUGGAAUCAAUGUCGAAGGGCGGC